CCCGGUGCUUCGUCCUCGUAGCGUCGGAACGAAUACCGGCGCUUUCCCUGUUUCGCAUUUGUAAGAGAACAAUAAAAAUUCUUCGGCCCCCGUGAAAUCGUCCGGGGCUCGAUAUUGCAAUCCGGAGCAUUCAAUAUGGCGACUACCUCUGUGUCGGAGAAGCCAAAGCAGGGCGACGCUCGCCCAGUACCUGCGAACAUGGUCGACCCGGAGCCUUUGACGGAGAAAGGCCCGGCCACUCCGGCCAAAUUCUCGACGAAAAGAAAGCUGCAUAUUGUCGUCGCGGGUAUUCAUUUCGUAUUCAACAGCUCCCUGGGAUCUUCUCUCCCCUCCGGAGCCCACGAUGUCCUGGCUGAGUAUUUCGAUAUUCCCAGCGACAGUCUCAAAAUGGUUCUCCCGACAUCGUUGUACAUGGCCGGAUUUGCUAUCGGACCCGUCAUCUUUGGCCCGAUGAGCGAAUACUUUGGUCGGAAAUCGGUCCUGCUCAGCACCUUUACCAUGUAUCUCAUCUUCACCAUGGCCUGCGCACUGGCUCCCAAUUUCCCGGCGCUGUUGAUCUUCCGGUUUCUUUGCGGGCUGGGAGGCUCGGCGCCCAAUGCCGUCCUGGGUGGUCUCUACUCGGACAUCUACGACAACCCGCAUCAGCGCGGAGUGGUGAUGGGCUGGUUCAUGUUCGCCACGACGUUCCCGCCGCUUCUGGGGCCGAUCAUUUCGGGUUUCGUGUCAACCGUCUCUUGGAGAUGGACCUUCUGGGCAGGGCUCAUCAUCGCAGGCGUGGGAUACCCGCUGAUAGUGACCAUGCCGGAGACAUACAUGCCCGUGUUGAUCCAGCGGUACGAGCGGUCCCUGAUCCCCGCCGAGGAGAGGCUGCCGCCGUGGGAGGAGUUCCGUGUGCAGGCGCACGACUUCUCGCAGAAGAUGGGCUCCGUCUUGAGUCGGCCGUUCGUGAUGAUCGUGCGAGAGCCAAUUGUCUUCUGCUGCUCGCUGUACCUUGCUCUCAUCUACUCAAUCCUGUACCUGUACUUCCAGGCCUACCCGAUUGUGUUCCAACAACUAUACGGUCUCUCCGCCGGUAUCACCGGCCUCGGCUUCCUCCCCAUCCUCCCCGGCUCCAUCAUGGCCUUCACCGUCUUCGUCCUCUACUCCAAACACCACACCAAAGCCUCUCUGUCCGGCCAAUCCUGGACCCUGGUCGAAGAAUACCGCCGGCUGCCGCUCGCCUGCAUCGGCGCGCCCACCAUCCCCAUCGCCCUCUUCUGGCUCGGCUGGUCCGCCCGCCUCUCCAUCCACCCCGUCAUGCCCAUGAUGUCCGGCGUCUUCUUCGGCUUCGGCUACCUGCUGAUCUUCAUGGCCCUGCUCAACUACCUCACCGACGCGUAUAAGCAGUUCUCCGCCUCGGCCGCCGCGGCGGCAAGUACCCUGCGGUCUAUCUUCGCCGUGUGCUUGCCCCUCGCUACCACCCCGAUGUAUACCCGGCUGGGGAUCGACUGGGCUAGCUCGCUGCUGGGGUUCUUUGCCAUCGCGGUGGCGGUCAUUCCGUUUGUGUUCAUUCGGUAUGGCGAGUGGAUAAGAGGGAGGAGUCGGUUUGCGCAGGCGGCGGCGCGGGGGGAGGUUGAUUUUACGAAGGGGUAGUUCUUCUUCCUCUUCUUCCCUCG